AUGUCAGCGAGCCCUAGCCUCUGCUCAGAGUCCUUGGAGGAGCUUGACCGAUCUGGCACAUCUGAUGAGCAUGCUGUACAGGCGGCGAUCAAGCAGAAGGUGGUGAACUUCAUGUCGACCAAGCAGGUGGCUCGAGAGAUUUUGCGGUGCACCGAGGCCCACCAGGCGUUCUUUUCCUGCGGGUCAGCUCUGCGGCCGAACGCAGAAUAUUACGACCUCACCAUGGUCAUUUGUUGCGUGGCCGCGGUGGGAGCUUCGACAGCUUGCCCGGCCAUUCGCGUGUUCGGAGCCUACUAUCGCGCGGUGGAGGACAUGGAGAAGACGCUCAGGACGCUGCGCAUCAUGGAUACGAGCUGCUCCUGCUGCGCUUCGGGCCAUGUGGGACAGUCGUUUUGUGACAAGGAACUUAUCUGCGCAUGCAUCACGGAGUGGUUUGGGUCCACUGAAGCAUUUGAACACUAUAUCCAAACAGAUGUGACGGACGUGCUGGUCCAUCAGCUCCAGUGGGGCACCUUUCGCUACAAGUGGAGUUGCGCGGUUGCUGCGCCUGCUCUUUGGGCGUGCCUUGACAUAGCAUCGUUCCCGUACCAGCGGGAGGACCUGAAGACCACGUUUGUUUGGCUCGGCGCCGGCCUGACCUUAACCUUCAUGGCGAUCCCAGGCCUAAGCUCCUGGUGCAAGUUCUUGACCUACACCUUCCGCCACGGAGCCAGCUGCCGGCAUGAGGUGAUGCGGACGUCGCUGGUGAUCAUUUGCGCCUUGCCAUUACUUGCCUAUGUCGUUGGCGCCGUACUACUAUGGCCUGUGGUGCGCUAUGACGCGCCUGCUUAUGUGCAGUUGCCGUUUUUUCCCAGCCUGAUGCUGCCUUUCGUGCUUCUGCAGUGCCGCGUACCAAGAGCGCCAGACUUCCAGCUCAAUCGAGCGCGGUCGGUCCUUCCGACGGAGACAGUCAGCCCAGUACCAGCAGACGAGACGGAGACAGUGAGCCCAGAACCAGCAGGCGAAGAAGUUCCCAGCCAGGACAUCGGCUGCGUGGCAAUGCCGCUGAUGCGGUGCUUGCGUCAGGCCACCCUUGAAGCGGGGGUGAGCAUGCUCUCAGCCAUCACACCCCUGGUGGAGGCCCGGCCUGAGCUCUUCAGAGCGAUGAUCCGGGAGUUCUUUGUGCAGUCCUUCGAUCCGCCGGAGAUGAAGCGGCUGAAGUUGAAGGUGGUCGAAAUCUUGGUGGAUGAGACCAACGUGCAGCUGGUAUUGAGGGAACUACAGGUCUACGUCUCCUGGCACUCCCAGCCACUCUUCGUGGCGCAGGCAGUCCGGUCCAUCGCCCAAGUGGCGCUGAAGAUCUCCUCGGUGCCGCCCCCCGCUCCCCUCCCGGGCCGUCCGCCUCGAUCCCGGGGACCCGGGCGGGCGGCGAUGGGCGAGAUCCGAGAGACGCCUUGUGCCAUGAGAUCCUUGGAGCCAGCCUUCUCGGCCGCCCUGCGGCGCUUGCCCGGGGGCUGCUUCGCCAAGAUGCCGCGGUCCCAGGCCAUGACAGCCCUUCCACCGCAGACGACUCUGAACAACAUGUGCACGUACUUCCACCAAUGGCCAAAGCACAAGUCAAUGUUCAUCAUCUACGGUGCUCGUCAUGCGUCCUCGACCGCUGGUACGUACAUGGCUGGCCGUAUUCAGGGAGAUGCUGAGAUCAAUGGGGCUUCCGGCCUGGAAACCAGCAUCUACGGUGGGUCUCACAGUGCCGCUGGCGCAGUGAACGGUGCAGAGGGGAAGACAGGACGCAACAAGGUCCAGGCCGCCGUGCGGCCGCUGGGCCUGGGAGGCCUGAAGCGCCGCUUCCAGCGGGGCGAGAAGCUCUCCAUGGUCACUGCCUACGACUUCCCCUCGGGCCGCUUCGCGCGCCAGGCCGGUGUGGAGCUGGUCCUGGUGGGCGACAGUCUUGGGAACUGCCGGCUGGGUCUGGCAGACACUGUGGGUGUGACCAUGGAGGAGAUAUGCUUCGCGCCACCACGGCCGUGCGCCGCGGCGUGGACGCUGUGGGCGCCGCCACCUCGCCCAAGCCGCUGGUGGUUGGGGAUAUGCCAUUUGGCUCCUUCCUCACACAAGAAGAUGCGCUUCGGAAUGCUGCAGCAUUUCGUGUUGCAGGCGCGGACGUGGUGA